UAAUUUAUGGGGAAAAUAUUGAAAGUAUUGAAAUGCAUUAGAUCUCUAAUUUACAGAGCCACAGAAUAUUCUAAUUCCUGACCACAACCCCAGAGACUGUUCUCAGGCUGCCUGAUUGGCUUAAUGAUGACAAACACAAACCGGAAUCAGAUGACCGAGAGGAUCCUGGAUCUGACCCUGGAGGUCAACUACCUGCUGACUGGAGAGGUGAGGGAUUCUGGGAAUGUCAGUCUGAUAUAUUUAAGGCUUGAAGAGGAUUAUAUGGAAGGGAUAUGUGAAGUAUAACAUAUUUAAAUGGUUCAUCUAUAAACCAUAACCUGUUUCUUAGUUAUAGGGAUUCUAUAGUGCCAGGAAAACAAAGCCUUUUUUUCUGGAACUAUAGGUUCUUACAGUGCCCCCCUCCACUCACCCCUAAAUCCAGCACCGAUGUCUCUUGGCUCUGGGUCAGGCUUUGCCCAUGCUGGACAUUGCACCAAGACCACUUCAAUGAGCUGAAAUGGUCUGGGUGCCUAUAGUGUUCCUUUAAACAGCUGUCAAGCAAUUUGAUCAGAACCAUGAUUGUCAGAGACUUUUGCAUCUUGGCCUGCUCGCCAGAAUUUCUAAUGAGAAAAGCGGAUCCAAUCUGCCAGUUAGUAACUUUAAAAUGUGGCCGACGCUGACAUUGUAAUAUGGAAAUGUAAGUUUGGUACUAGCAAUAACUGAGUAGAGGGCCAGGCUGUGGGUACCUUUUUAUGAUUUUCCAGUUUUAGUUAAACUGAACAGAUGGGUGAUUGAGAUCUGGGGGAUGGCUCCUGCAGCCUAAUUGUACCCAAACCACUAUAUUAUAUUAUAUGUAGUGGUUAUGGCUACUAGACUUAAAGGAAAGAAAUAAAAUAUUGUAAAAAUGUAGUUUUGGCAGAAUCAGCCUAAAAAAUACUUUUAUCCGGCGAACCACAUAUUGUCCAGGUACCGUUUUAGGUUCUUCACAUACAGGAGGCUGCUGUAGGCUGUAUCAGGCAACUAAUGUUCACAUCUGCUUAUAACUGUAGCUAUAAGAUCCUCCUUUGCGUCCAUAUCUGUAAAAUAGAGUAAGCAGGUCACCCCCCAAACUGUGACUGUGAUGAAGCAAUGGCAUUCACACUAGAUCGAAUUCCUAAACUGAUCACAAUGUCGGCUAGCAGUUCUGAUGACAAGAACUCCAACGGAGAAUAAAAUCCAUGUUAGAAACUGGUUUCUGGGGAAUGUUCAAAAUCCACGAGAGACUGACUGACUGGUGGAGCCCAUUCCGGGUGGGUUAGAGGGGGCUUUCUGCUGCUCAGCUCACCUGUAACCAUGUCACGUUUAGGAUACUUUUAUUGACCAGAAAAAGAAACGUAAGAUGUAUUCGCCUGCUGCACCUGCACACAAAGCAGGUACACAUCUAUUCUGAAAUAAGAAAAGUAGCUUCAGAUGGCAGCUACUCCCUUGCUUAGAAGGGGUUAUGUAGGUAAUGAAAAGUGCCUUAAAACCCAUCCCUUAGGAAAGCUUAUGGCCUCCCAGACUAACCUCUACCUUACAUACCUGUCUCUUGCUCUCUUCUAAAGGGCAGCACUCUACUCUCACCUCCAGCUUUGCCUCACUCCCACCUUAUUAGAUUCCUAUUUCCCAUCCAAAUGUGUUAUAUACCCUGCAACGGACCGUUUUGCACACAAGGGGUAAAAACCGUUUAGGCGAUCGGCCCCCUUUCCAGAGAUACAGGCACAGCUACUGCAGAACACCAAACUCCCGAACUGGAUACAAAAUAGCACUCCAACUCCCGAACUGGAACCUCCCAAAUAGCUGCUAGCAGACGAACAGGAAAAGCAGACAAUCAGCUUACACUCCUGGCAAUCAGUCUCUAACAGCAUACAGUGAAUCCCCCCAAGAACGAGACAAGGCUCCGUGUUGAGGGUCAAGCAGUGGUCUGAGGUGCUGGCACACCCAGCCUGGUUUUUAUUACAGUCUUGCAAAUACAGGACCACCCACAGGGAGGGAUAAAACAACCAAUCAUAUCACAGUUACAUCCCACAUAUUCCCUCCCCUUAUCCUGAGAGGAAACUCAAUUAUACAAACAGUUAAAACAUACUUUCUACCCAACUUUCAUAACUUUAAAACCAUACAUCACAUUCACAUAAAAUUACAUAUUCACAAUCAAUCCAUUCAGGGGGACAACAUAUUAAAAAAUGGCAUGAAUCAGACAAGGGGUUCAAAAGUUAGUAAAGUAUCUUUUAAAACCCCCUGCCAGCAUGGCUAUCUGGUUCAAGCAGGUUUUACAGGGCCUCUAUCCUGGGGACAAUGGAGAAAGUAAUCCAAUUAUCCAGGGAUAGAGGCAGACUCCAUUGAGCACAUUGUUGCAAAAAGACAUAAAACACUUUAAAAUACAUAAAGUCACCUUUUACACAUAACACACAGACAUUUCACAUAUCCCCAGAUAGCUGGGAUCUGAGUGCACAUUAUUAGAUGAAUGGCACUCAGAUCACACAAAUAAGCCUUUCUGCAGGGGAAAUAAACGGUUUAACCUGCAGGGCCAUAGUCCAAAGGGAGCAGGCGAGCAACCAGGCUUCUCCAGUUCACAGUGGCGAGGUUGGUUUCGCCACAUACCCCACCUCCUAUAGACUGUAGGGUCCUCUUCAACCUAUCGUUCCUGUACGUUUUUUGUAAUUGUCUCAUUUAUUGUUAAAUCUCCUCAUUUUAUAAUAUGGUAAAUCGCUACGGAUUCUGUUGGUGCUAUAUAAAUGGCAAUAAUAAUAAUUAAAGGAAAACCAUAGCAUUAGGAAUACAAAUAUGUAAAAAAAUAUUUCUUCCUAACACUAUAGAGCCCUAGUCACCUAAAUGGUGACUAGGGCCCCGUUCCACGGUGAAUAAAUGGUAAAUUAACCAUUUGUUGCUUACCUUAAUCCAGCACCGGGCUCCCUCGACGCUGGUGACCUCUCCUCCUCCAUUGACGUCGGCCAGAGAAGCACGCGCAUCCUAACCCGCCCAAAAUCUUUUUAGAUGCUGGAGGUCUGUGAGGACAUCCAGCGUAAAAUAAGUGCGAUUCACUCAGUCUAAAUCGCAGAAGCGCCUCUAGUGGCUGUCAGGGAGACAGCCACUAGUGGCUGGACUAACCCUAGUGUAAACAUAGCAGUGUCAGAGUUAACACUAGAUGGAUCUGGCACCCAGACCACUUCAUUGAGCUGAAGUGGGCUGGGUGCUAUAGUGGUCCUUUAAUAACAAUAAUGACAACCAGACUUCACUAGAAUUACCACCAAUUAGAAAAUCAUUCUUGGAUAGAUAGAUAAUUUAGAUACAAUGUUAUUAGAAAAUGGUUUAGAAGUACACAAAAAGGUGCAAAAAUGUGCUAAAAAUAAAAAAGUGCAACAAAAAAAAAGGAAUGGGGAACAGAUGUGGUCUUCGUUCUAGCAGUCACAGUAUUUAUAAUAUAUACGUAGUGUCUCAAUAUCCAUCUGAAGGAGCCUAUAUAAUACUGUGUCUAUGAAGUGUAAUCGUAUAACAAGAUACGUGUAUUUAUUCUCAAAAUAAAAAUAAAGUAAGGAAGUUGCAUAGGGAGCUGGGGGAAAUAGGAACUAUACAGCCGUCUUAAACAUCAGCAACAAGUCAGAUAGAGAGCUAUCUGUUUGGAUUUUCACACCAGUCUUUCCUCUGGUCUGAUUUAUUUCAAUGGUUUAUACUAAUGAUGUGAUGUGUGCUAAUCCACUAUGAGCAGAUUGGCAUAAGCUUCAAUAGUAGCCUCCUACAUUCGAGGAAUUUGUCCUGGGAAAAGUAAGGUUAACAAGUUAUUUUAAUUCCACAAGAAACAUCUUAAAGGGGGCAUUGCAAGAGACCUAACCUCAGAAAUUGUCUGUAGGGAUUGGCAAGAUUUGUAGAUUUUAUCGUAUGGGACUGUGCACUCACAACCUUGAACAUUGAAUAAUGUUUUUAAAGAAAUCCUACAUCUACAGUGUGAGCUUUGUUAAUAUUUGAUAUAAAUUAUCUGAGGAACAUUAUCUAAUCCAGUAUAGGACAAAGUUCAAUUAAUCCUUCAGGUGUGAUGGAAUGAUACAUCCAGUUGACAUUUUUGUGUAGUAGUGUUAUCCAAACUAAAUUGAUUCUUCUCAUUACAAUCUCAAUAAAUAUGUAGGAGUAUAUUGUUGUGAAGAGGCCUAGUAAGUCUUUGAUACAGAGCUGUAGUCCCCAUGUGUCAGAAGAACCCAACAGGCCCCAGAGCCCUAUCGUGGUGCCCUCACCAAUACCAAAUGAGAGAAAGAAUAACCAGAAGAUCUUAGAACUGACCAAUCGGAUCAUCUACCUGCUGACUGGAGAGGUGAGGCUGCUGGGAAUGGGACAUCAUAGAGUAAAACCCAGGGAUGUGUCUUGAUCGUGACUGUAUCAUUGUGUGUGCCAGGUUCCUAUCAGGUAUAAGCAUGUCAAAAUCUAUUCCUUUUUAGGUGUGGAAGUAUUUAGAAGGACACGAAGAACCUUUUAAGGAUAUGAUGACUGAGACUCCGCAGCCUCUUUGGUCACUGGGUAAGAGAAGACCUUGUUUGCAUGUGAUGUUAUGA